GCAGCUGCUUUUGUUGGAACUUCGGAAUCAUGAUGGCGCAUUCCAUCGGUGAAAAUGAAGAAGCUUUUGAUGAGAUGCCAGAACUGUCGGAUAGCGAAGACGAGGAUGCGUGGGAAGAUGAAGUUGCCGAAAACGAAAUAAAAGUCAACUGUUUGUUUUGUGACAGGUUGUUAAAUUCUGUCCAAGAUGCUUUCUCCCACUGUAAACUGGAACACCAUUUUGACAUUGUCUCAGCAGUGCAGAAACACAAACUAGAUGACUAUGGCUAUAUUAAGUUUAUAAACUACAUUAGAUUGAUGAAAUGCACCCCAGAGAGUAUAAUGUCAGUCUGUGAUACUGCUCCAUGGAACGGUGAUGAAUUCAUGAAACCAGCUUUGCAGGAUGAUCUACUUCUCCAGAUUGAUGUUGAAGAACUCUGGGAUGGGCAGCGGAUGGCAGCUGACCAGCCUGACCAGCUGGCAGAGGAGAGUCAGACACAGGCAGCUCUCCUCAGGGCUCAGAGGGCUGAGGAGAACUCCCGCCGGGCUGAGGAAGCUCUGGCCAGAGCUUUGGAAGACCUGCACAAGUUAAAACAAUUUGCUCAGAAUUUGGUGAUGAACGCAGAUGUCAGAACGGGUGUCUCGGCUGCCGGUGCCAUAGCUGAGCUGCGAGAAGACGAGGAUGAGGCUUACUUUACCUCCUACGGGCACUAUGGGAUCCAUGAGGAGAUGCUAAAGGACAAAGUACGGACAGAAAGCUACAGGGACUUCAUGUGCCUCAAUCCAGAUGUCUUCAAGGACAAGGUAGUUUUGGAUGUUGGCUGUGGCACCGGUAUUCUUUCAAUGUUUGCAGCGAGAGCAGGAGCCAAAAAGGUGAUAGGAGUGGACCAGUCUGAGAUCAUCUAUCAGGCUAUGGACAUUGUGAGAUCAAACAGUCUUGAAGACAUCAUUACUUUAAUCAAAGGAAGAAUAGAAGAAGUAGACCUACCAGUUGAAAAAGUGGACAUUAUUAUUUCGGAGUGGAUGGGUUAUUUUCUUCUUUUCGAAUCCAUGCUGGACUCUGUUCUGUAUGCAAGAGACAAAUACCUGGCUGAUGAGGGAUCAGUGUAUCCUGAUUUGUGCACCAUAAGCCUGGCAGCAGUAGGAGACAUGCAGAAGUACAGUGACCGUGUUGCAUUCUGGGAUGAUGUGUAUGGGUUCAAGAUGACGUGCAUGAAGAAGGCUGUCGUUCCUGAGGCUGUUGUGGAGGUCCUGAAACCAGAAACAAUCAUAUCAGAGCCCACAGUAAUUCGGAAUAUCAACUGCAACACUGCAACAAUUUCGGAGCUGGAGUUUUCUACAGAUUUCUCUUUAAAGAUAAGAGAAGAUACCCAGUGCACAGCUAUUGUUGGAUACUUUGAUGUAUUCUUUGACAAGAACUGCACCAGUAAGGUCAUGUUCUCCACAGGUCCCCAAAGCACAAAAACUCACUGGAAGCAGACUGUUUUUCUGUUGGAGAACCCCCUUCCAGUACAGUCAGGAAAUACCUUGCAGGGGAAAAUAACAGUCCACAAGAAUAGGAAGGACCCAAGAUCUCUCAUCAUCACUAUUUCUGUGAAUGAUGUGAAGCAGACUUACAGUCUUCAAUAGUGUCAUUGACCUUUAAAAGUUGUAUUAACCCAUGGAAAUAAACACAACGCUUUGAUAUUCCAUUGCCUUAAA